AUGAACCAGGACUCAAGCUAUAGCAGUAACAACGACGAUACGGUGACAGUGGACGAGGUGGUGGGAGCAAGCACCGGCUUCUGGGGACUCCAAACCGUCCCCUCUCAACAGACCAACUUUACCGCCCACAGACGCCCCACCAGAUUGGAUCUUUUUGAGAACAACCAAAAGCUUGACAUCAGAGCUCACCAAAGAACCUACGAAGGUGCCUACACCCGGACUGCCAUCGGUAGCCUUGCGUUCUCGAUCAUGAUCAUCAAGCUUUUCUCCAAGGAGUUUCUUCCCAUUGGAACCAUCUACACGUUAUACGGAAUGGUUGUGUUCAUUAUAGGUGUAUACAAGAGUAGAAGUGUGGACUUCUACUAUAACCCCAACAAGGGCACUGAGUAUUUCCGGACCAGUGGUACCAGUGUGAUUAUUCUCACGGCAAUCAGCUUGGUGUGCUACUUGACGUUGUUUGUGUUGAUAAUGACCCUUUAA